GCAUCGAUAUUUUCACGCGCCGUUGUUUAUAGAUGUUUACACGUAUCUUUAUCAUUCUUAUACGUACAACUAAGCCGUUUAUCAGACAAACGGAUAUACUGAAGUAAAACGAUCAAUGAGAUGUAGUAGUACGAUGGGAGAUGAAUGCGCAGCAAGACGACGUGGUCGCGUACGGAAUGUGAAAUACAGCGUAUCGUGUUAUUGAAGAAUAACUGCAAGUUAUUAGGGUCGAUUGUGACGAGUAAUUUGACAUAAGGAGCGCGGAGUAAAGUGUUUCUCGUGUGCGUGCGCGUACAAAGCCGUGGCCAAGCUCCGGCUUGAUCGUUACUCUCACGAUUGGGUUGGUCGAGGCGGCCGAUCUUAUGUAUUCACGUAUGUAAAUCGCUCCCAAAGAGAGAAGAGCGCGUACUCGACGCACUACAACACGACGAGCUACCAUUAACAUUCGUGCUUUCGCUCGUGUCAUCAUCCGUCCGAUCCUCUCGAUCUCUAGGAAAUGCGGAAUGGUGAUAAUUCGAAUCGAUUCGACGAUGACGACGACGAUGACGACGACGACGAUUUGUUCGGUGAUGGACCGUGCCCAUCGUGCAGAUUGGCGAUUAACCAGGAAACCGGUAGACUCAAAUGGUGCACAGGCGGAAACGAGACGCGGCGUGUUAAGCUAAUGCUCCUGAUACCCGUCGUGCUACUGCCGAUUACUAUAGUGUUUAUCGCAUUGUCGCGAUUACAAGGGAUAGUUCCCGAGUCACGGGUGCGCGACGCCUUCUCCGCUGCUUACAAUGAUAUGCAGAAUGAGCGAAAAAUAGAGGCUAACAGUUUUUGGCCUACCAGUCGCAACGACAUAGAACUUGCGGCGGAAGAGGUCGAAGACGAGGAUCGAAUUCUACUUCCCGAUAUGAAAACAAGUUAUGUGCCUGUAGAUACGCAUCCGCUGCUUCGAUCGCCCAAACGACGUAAAAGAGACAUUGACGGGGAAAAUCGCACGAGGAACGGACCGAUAUCUCGCGUCUUAUAUAAAUUCGACAAUCGGAUGAUGUCUUUGUUGCGCGCAUAUGAAAAUUUAAAUAACGGCAAAUUAACAGAUUCCGUUUCUUCGAGGAAAGAAUCGAUCAAGAAAAAUGAUAUGAUGAGAAAGUUCUCUUCGAUUUCGAACAACGUCAAUCACAUUGAUAAAAUAAAGGUAGAGAACGGCGAUACGAUCGAGGGUAACGAUGCACAGGAUCUCGACGAAAAGAUGAACAAUUUUUUAGGUAAUCACUACCCGGAAGUAGAAGUUGACGACACCUAUGAAAGCAGUGGAAGCAAAGAUUAUUAUUCCGAAAAGAGAAGAACGUCGUCGUCGUCGUUCAGCAACAAGUACGACGGCAUGGGCGUCAACGAACGGCCGAGAGAGAAAUCGCUGAGAACUCGAGAGGAUAGUGCAUUCUCUUAUUUUAUCAACGACACCGAGACGUGGUUACCGACGGUCGACGAACGCGACAAGAUUGACAGUUCGAUCGACAGUUCUGACGUUCCCGAUCUUCGUACGUUUUGGAGAGAAGAGGGAAAUGCCAGGAAUAUUAGAGAGGCCCGAGCUCGGAUAAUGCUGAAAUACAUGGAUAAGAGUGUGGAUCCGUGUCGGGAUUUUUAUCAAUACGCUUGUGGUAACUGGGCGAAACGUAAUCCUAUUCCCAAGGAUAAAGCCGGUUACGAUACCUUCGAAAUGCUGCGCGAAUCGUUGGAUUUCGUAUUGAGAGAGCUACUACAAGACUCCGUACCGCACGAUGUCGCUCAGUUGGAUGCUGAUGACGCUACUGUAAAGGCGAAACAUUUGUUUGAAAGCUGCAUGAACAACGAGAUCUUGGAACAGCGUAUGGAACGACCGCUUAUUCAACUUUUGGACCAACUUGGCGGUUGGCCAAUACUGAGACCAGAUUGGAAUCCAAACAAGUUUGAUUGGCUUCUUUUGACCGCGCAACUUCGACUAUACAAUAACGACGUAUUGAUCUCAGAAUGGGUGGGUCCAGACAUAAAAAACAGCGACAAGUACGUGAUACAGUUUGACCAAACGUCGCUCGGCCUUCCUACGAGGGAUUAUUUCCUUCAACGAUCCAACAUGGUGUAUCUAGAGGCCUACAAGGAUUAUUUCAUUAAAGUUGCGACUUUACUCGGCGCAUCCCUCCAUAACGCAACCGUACAAGCCGAAGAACUCAUCAAAUUCGAGACGCAGCUCGCGAAGAUUACGUCGUCACCCGACGAAAGACGAAAUUUUUCUGAGCUUUAUCAACGAAUGAGCAUCGGCGAAUUGAGAACGCUCGUGCCGCAAAUUGACUGGCGUCGUUAUUUGUCAAUCGUUUUGGCCCGUCCGGUUAACUUUUCCGAACCAGUUGUCAUCUUUGCGCUGCAGUACAUUCAGGAUUUAGUUGUCUUACUUUCAAAAACGCAGCCUAGAACAGUAGCGAAUUACCUACUGUGGAGAUUUGUGCGGCACAGAGUGAACAAUCUCGACGAUCGUUUCCAGGAGGUGAAACAAAACUUUUACUACAUCCUGUUCGGCAGAGAGCAAGCGCCGUCAAGAUGGAAGAAUUGUGUUACCCAAGUAAAUUCCAACAUGGGUAUGGCAGUGGGUUCGAUGUUUGUGAACAAGUAUUUCGACGAGAACAGUAAAAACGACACAUUAUCAAUGACCCGGGAGAUACAACGGUCGUUCAGGGAAUUAUUCGAUAAAACCAAUUGGAUCGACGACGAGACAAAGCGCUUGGCGACUGAAAAAGUAAAUGCCAUGUCGCUCAAGAUUGGCUAUCCAGAUUUUAUCCUACAGCCGCAUCUACUAAACGAACGUUACAAAGAUGUAAGAUACAUCAUACAUGUUAUCAUACGACCAGACAAAUAUUUCGAAAAUACUUUAAACAUCUUGAAACACUUGACCAGACUCGAACAAGAUCGUCUCGGCAAUAUCGUCAACAAAACUUUAUGGAACACUGCUCCAGCAAUCGUAAAUGCUUACUACAGUCGCAACAAAAAUCAGAUAAUGUUUCCAGCUGGUAUACUACAACCCCCCUUUUAUCAUCGAUUCUUUCCACGAAGUCUAAAUUACGGUGGAAUUGGUGUCGUAAUCGGACACGAGAUUACUCAUGGAUUUGACGAUAAAGGUAGACUGUUCGAUAAAGAUGGCAAUCUCCAUAGAUGGUGGAAAGACGAAGCUAUAAAUGGCUUUCAUCGCCGGGCGCAAUGCCUCAUCGAUCAGUACGCUCACUAUACCGUGGCAGAAGUUGGAAUGCAAAUAGACGGCGUCAAUACGCAAGGCGAAAACAUUGCCGACAACGGAGGUAUUAAGCAGGCGUUUAGGGCGUACGAGAGGUGGUUACGCGUGAAUCAAAAUGAAGACGAGACGUUACCUGGAAUAAGCGCGACGGGCAAACAGUUGUUCUUCUUGAAUUUUGCUCAAGUUUGGUGCGGCUUGAUGCGACCCGAAGCAACUAAAAAUAAAUUAAAAACAGCCGUGCACUCACCCGGUAAGUUCCGCGUGAUCGGUACGCUCUCCAAUUCAAGGGACUUUGCUGAAGUGUUUAAGUGUCCUCCUGGUUCUCCUAUGAAUCCUGUGAGGAAAUGCUCGGUGUGGUAGUUAUGUCAAUGUAUAUAUAUAUAAAUAUAUAUACACACGCACGCAGGCACGCGCGCACACACACAAAAUUUAUAAAUAUAUAUGUGUGUGUGUAAUAAUCGAUAAUGCUAUCCAACCACACCUUAUAACACACAUUGUAUUCAGUCUGUGAUAUACAUAGUUUUUGGACACUCUCUCGAGUCUCUCUUUUUCCAAAGAACAGACACCUUCAUUCCUUAGGUCUGCAAAGACAUUUCAAAACCUAAUUCUUUCUUGUUUCUUAAGUUGUUCGUCGUGUGAUAAUUUACAUAAACAUGACACGCUUUUAUCAAUCACACAAUUAUAUUUUUACAAUUUAUUUACGUAUCAUACCAUUGAUAAUAUAAUGAUCUGUUGGAAUCAAACUUUGAAAAAAAAAACAAAAGCUACAUCGUAACAUCCGAAAACAAAUCGACGGGCGACUAUAAUCUCUUCUCCUUUCUUCUUAUUAAAUAUAAUUUUCAUUUUGUCAUCUCGUUUCCACUUGUUCUUCACAUCAUAUGUAAAAUUUAAAUUUCUAAUUGUACGUAAACCGUAUUAGUUUGCCUUCUGAUGUCGAAUUGUUAUACUCCUUUUUUACUUUCUCCCUUAGUCAAUAUUUUUUUUCCUUUCUUUUUUUAGAAAAUUAUCAAUAUCAUCUCAACAGUCGGAAAAUAUAAUGCGGGUUAUGUCAACAUUCUUAAACAAAUUCUAAUUGCCACGACGACCUCUACGGUCUUAAUUUUAUUAUGUGUGUAUAGCCGUUAUAAAUCAUAAUUACGAGAAUCUUAAUUUUUUACUUUCUAUGAUAUUUUAUCAAAAUUGGCCUAUUAAAUAUAUAAAUAUAUGUUUCGCGUGUGCUACUUCCACCCAUCCAACUAAUAAAGUCAAUGUACCUUGACAAUUCGUUCGAAUCGCGUUAUCAUCGUUAUGUUACGUAUACGUUAACAAAGAUCCUCACUUAUGUAGAAACUGGUAUUCCAAAAUGUCUUCUUCGUCUGUAAAGAAGAAAAAAACAUUUCAUAUUUCAACGUAAGAUAAACAAAGUGUAAAAUAUCGCUCAAAAAUCACGCAAACACAUUAUACGUUACAUACAAGUUAGCCAACUAAAAUACAUACACACGUAUACAUACACAACAUACGUGCGCGUGCGCGUACACAUACAUACAUACACAUACACAUUGUGUGUGUUUGAUACAUAGCUGUAAAUUUGAUUUAUAUACAAAUGGUGUGCAAAGAUCAUCCAAAUUGGAACCAUGUCGUACACAUGAGAGAACUUGUCUGAUUAUUGUUAAUUAAUUAAUCAAAUAAACAAGUAUAUCUAAUUGAAUACGCAUAAACAUGUCAUUGUGGAAUUAUCUUUAGUUCGAUAUAUACAAUGAUGUCGAUCUCACUGACAUAAAUCAAAAGCGCAAAAGAAGAAAGCAAAAAAAGUGUAUAUGAAUAAUAGAAUAUAACAGUAUCAUAAUAAAUGUACACUCACAGA